CUUCUCCAUCCCUGUAGUGACUGGAGACUUAAGAGCAUUGGGUGGAAUUCCUCAUCUGACUUCCCUUCAGCCCCUGCUUGCAUAAAUCCCUGGACGGAGAAUUUGCUGCAUCAGAGACCCCAGCUCCCAUUCACGCUCUUCCUAUCACCAUGAAGGCUCCCCUCUUUCUCUGCAUCCUCUCUGCUCUCAUGGGUCUGGGUGCCUGUCUGCAGUGUGAGGUUUGCUCUGAGUUCGGCAGGAACUGCAAGGGCAGCAUGGAGACCUGCAGCGCUGGAGAAGAUUUCUGUGGCAUCCUUGUGCUUGAAACCCGGAUAGCGGGAUUUGAUACACAGGUGGUAGCCAAGGCCUGCAUGGCAUCCAGUAAGUGCAGAGCCAGCCCUGUUGCUGUGAGGUUUGGGGAGCAAAUGGCAAUAAGGAAGAGCAUCACCUGUUGUGAGGGGGAUGCCUGCAAUACAGCCUCCGUUAAAAUGCCCCCAGCAAACACAACCCCAAAUGGUCGGCGUUGCCCUACCUGCUAUUCUCUGUUUAACUUUCCAUGCAGCGAAGCGACCUUAGCUUGCACUGGAUCUGAGACCCAUUGCAUCGCACUAGCUGGAGGCAUAACAAUGGGGGCAGGUUCACCUCCUGUACAGACCACCAUGAAGGGUUGCGCCACUGAAUCCGCCUGCCACCUUUUAAAAGGAAAUUCAGGGCCCUUCGGAGACAACAUGAAGAUAACUACAGCCACAUGCAGCCCAGCCACUGGCAAAUCUGAACCGACUAAGGGACCAGCCCCGGGUGCAAGUGGCACAGCUAAGGGAUCAGCCCCUAGUGUAACCAGCCCAACUAAGGGACCUGCCCCCAGUGCAAGUGGCACAGCUAAGGGACCAGCCCCUUUUGCGGCUGGCACUGCUCCAGGACCAUCUGGGCUUCUCCUCCUCCCAGUCCUCACAGGGUUAUUCCUGGUGAAGCUCCUCUCCUGAUCCCCACACUGUGCACCGGCGACACUGCACUGAACAACACCUAUUCAGCUUGCAUUUGCCCUUCUCAGCUGCUGCCUUUCCAUUCCAGAGGCUCUCCCUUUCUGGAUGGAUUUGUUUCCCCUUUACUUUGUUGCACUGAAUAAAACAAA